UUCAAAUAGCCAAGAUUUCAGUUACAAAGUUCCGAGGUUAAAGUGAACACUACGUCGCCAAAAUGUUGAAGUGUGUAUUGAUGUACGCGUUCGUGGCAUGCGCUUUGGCGGCUACAAUUGAACCGGAAAUGACAACACGUCACCCACAUCACACCCAAAACCCCGACCACACGCACGAACCUGCCGUGCACGAGACAAUAUCAUUCUUCUACGACUUCCACACGCACCAGAUGACUUUAUCGAAGGGAACGGAUUGCUACAUAUUUGCCCUUUCUUUGGCGGAAAGGCAGGACGUUCAUACUGAUGCAGGCAUGACAGUCCUUGAGGUGAAGUUAGUCAAUCUACUGACCACCGCCAAAAUGACCCUGUUGAGCAAGGACACUCUUGGUCAUUCCUUGCUCAAUGCUUGCGGGAGGAAAGCAACCACUUACUACUCCGUCACUCAGUAAUCACGACUUACAUGUCUUUGAUUAGCUAAUUUAUGAAAUUCACGUCUAUUAAAGUCUAGAAAUUAAA